AUGCUCCGGCACUGGGCGUUCGCAGGGACGUUCGGCUCCUUGCGACAAAGCCUGAGGCGUUAUUCGGUGCUCUCUCACCUGAAUGAGCGCGGAGAAGCGCGCAUGGUGGAUAUUAGUACUAAGGAAGCCUGUUUUAGAAAGGCCCAGGCAGAAGCGAGCCUGAAUAUCGGCGACCAAGGCGUCUUCACUGCUCUGCUCCAAGGCGCGCUUCCCAAGGGGGACGCUUUUGCUGUCGCGCGACUCGCCGGGAUUCAAGGAGCAAAGCAAACGAGCACGCUCGUCCCGCUGUGUCACCCGGCGCUACCCCUCGACAUGGUCAACGUGGAGCUGGACCCCGAUCCUCAGACACUCAGCGUUAGAAUACGCGUCCAGGUUUCGGCAACUGCUAAGACUGGAGUGGAAAUGGAGGCGUUGACGGGCGCUGCUGCUGCGGCGCUCGCCCUGUACGAUGUUUGCAAGGGAGGAUUCAAGGCAUGUACCGAGAUUCCUCAUGGAACGCUGUGCAUCCAAAGGAUUACGCUCUUGUCUAAAGAAAAACGAAAACAAUACGAGUGA